AUGAAGUUACUGCUUCCUUCGUUGUUCGUUGUUCUGUUUUCCGUCCUUUUCCACACCACUUCAGCAUCCCCUGUUGCGAGUCCCAAUGCCCUCGCCCUGCCCCAGGAAAUGUCGCUCGCGGAGCGGAGGUCCCUAGGUGCAGACGCGGCUAUGGAAACGUUGGUCACUAGCGUUAUCCAGGGCUUAGUGGGGGGCGUUCAACUAGAUAAUCAGAAACGCGAGGCUUUCACCAAGGAAGUAGUGUCCGAGAUGAGGGCCAGGUUCCCCCAAUUCAAUUGGAUCAUCGUGCAUGUCAAGCAUACGACCAAGUUUGAUGGAACAAGGGGAGUCGAUUGGGGCCACAAGCAUCACGAACUUGAUAUCCAGAUCGGAGGCACUAUUGGAUACGAAAUCUACAAUUUCAAGUCGGGAGAAUUCACCAGACACGGUGAUGGCGGCUUCAUCAACUGGGCCUUCCAGGGAAACUUGAAGUCGCGCUCCUCCGAUGGUCGUCACCUCGUGUUCAACGCUCCUUGA